AUGGCGCCGCGUCUUUUCGCCUGUUUUCGCGUCAAAGGAUCAUCAACUUCCCCCACCGGAAAAGGAAUCACCGGUCAUAACGCUGCCGUUGUAGCUGCCGAUGUUCCCGCCGGCGACGGACCUGUUCUCGUUCAACUCUUCUCUUCUCAGGGAUGCAAGACUUCUCCGGAGGCGGAGAUGCUCGUGUCACGCCUCGGACGUGGAGAUUUCGACGGUCAGAUCCGUCGUGAAGGUGGGGCUGGUUCUCCGGCAAUUGUUCUCGUUUUUCACGUUGAUUAUUGGGAUUACUUGGGGUGGAAGGAUCCAUACGGAUCGAGCCAAUGGACGGUGAGGCAAAAGGCUUACAUCGAGGCGUUGAACCAAGAUACCAUGUUCACUCCACAGUUUGUGGUUCAAGGUCGCGUCCAGUUUCUUGAAUUAUGUAUAGAAAGACUCAAAUGCUAA